GAGAGAGAGAGAGAUCUAAUGCUUAUGGCAGACAUCGCGUCACGAGCAUGAGCGCCGAGACGUCGAUCUGCAUCUCCGUACUCUGCGUUUACGUGCUCGCGCCGCUUCCGCAACGGCAACAGCCGUCACUUGCCACGGCUCGAUUAGCGUACGCGAACGCGGCUUCUUUGGAGAUUUUGCCGAGUGGCGAGACGCAAACGAAGUCGAUCGGAUCCAGCAACAUUUUUACGUGCAGGCCGAACGUCGAGAACCCCAAGCUGAUCACCGACAUGCAAUGGCUCGAUCCGCAAAAUCGCGUUAUAGAAUCUCUCAAACUCGUCGUAUUGCCGAUCGAAAGUACGUCGCCUGGCCACUCGAAGCCGGCCAUGUAUACGGAAUUGCAUCAGGACAACAGCCUCUCGCUCUUCUUCAACUCGCUUCAAGAGGAACAGGCAGGGAGAUAUACCUGCAAGGGGACGUACGCCAACUCGGUGCCUCUGAAUAAAUCGGUCACGAUCGAUACCAUCGUUGCGAUUACCUGGGACGACGCACCGAAAAAUCAAUACCCGAUCCUUGGAGAGGAUUUCUCGAUCCUUUGCAAAGUCCGCGCCAGACCCUCGCCCUCCGUCGAUUGGCUUUACAACGGGGAGUUGGUGAAGACGAACGAUCAUUACAUCAUCGACACCCAUGCGCUAAAGAUAAAAAAUGUUCAAGAGUCCGACGACGGUAUUUACACGUGCCGCGCCUCCGUGCCGACUACCGGCGAACUUCGGGAGCGGCCAAUACGCGUCGAGGUCCACGUACGUCCGAUCAUCGAGGAACGACCCACUCCGGUCGACGUAAUCGAAGGAGAAAACGAAAACAUCGAGUGCAAAGCCAAAGGCAAGCCCCCGCCAAAGUUCACCUGGGUGAAAUCCCUUACGAAGCAAAAUCUUUCCAACGCCGAUCGUUUUACCGUUAAUCCGGAUACCGGCGACUUGACCAUCGUCACCGUGAAUCGCGAGGACGCCGGGGAGUAUCAAUGCACCGCCACGAACGCGGCAGGCUCGGCCACCAGCAACAUAGUCGUGAACGUUAUCGUAAAGCCAAAGAUCAUGGAGUUCCCGAACGUAACGGUGAUACAGGGUAACGAGGUGGACGUCAGAUGCAAAGCGUUUGGUAGGCCACCACCGAAAGUGACCUUGAGGAAACACACCGCCGAGAAAGCUUACGUCGUCGGAACUCAGGCGGACGACGGCAGAAUAAUCUUGAUCAAUCAACCCGACGAGGUGACCGGCGAAACGGUCGGCACUCUGAACAUCCGCGACGUUCUCAGAUCCUACGACGGUCUGUACGAGUGCGUGGCCGAGAAUGCCGGCGGGGUAGCUCAUAAAAAUGGCCACGUGACCGUUGAAUUUCCCCCGUCGUUCGCUUUCAUGCGGAACAACACCGUGUGGUCUUGGGACAGGAGGCCCGUCAAUUUGACCUGCAUAGCCGAGAGCAUACCGAACGCUACGAUCACGUGGAUGAUGGCCGGAAACAAAAAGAUCGAAAACGUGCCCGAGAUCAAGCAGUACGGCAAAGGCCCGACUUCGAUACUGAUGGUCGUACCGCUCGACGGCAGAUACUACACGGAUUACAAGUGUAUCGCGGCGAAUUCGCACGGCACGCGAGAGAUCGUUAUCCAACUGAGGCAAGCAACGAGACCGAACGAGCUCUUGCAGGCCAAGAUGGCCGAGAUCACGGCCACGACCAUUCGAUUCGAUCUCGUGCCGCCACCCACUCAUCCGGAUUUGCCCGUUAAAAGCGUCGUCGUGCAGUACAAAGAGGAGAUUCAGACUUGGGCCGAGGCUAGGAACAGAACCUGGUCGAUAGAUUCCGUUUACGUUCUCGAGGGCUUGAAACCGCAAACUUCCUACGAUUUCCGAUUUGCUGCGAUAAACAAGGUCGGCCAGGGCAAUUGGGGUACGUUUUACCGCGAAACUACUCCCGGAAGGACCUUCCCCAAAGAACCAACCAUCAUAACGAAAGUGUCGAACGAAUACGACGUUUCGAUGUUCAGCAAUCAGUACGAACUUUUGUGGACCGUCCCACUGGACAACGGUGAACCGAUAGACAUGUAUCAGAUCAGAUAUUGUCAGAUCAAACCAGUAACCGGCGGCGAAUGGCAAACCGAGGAGGAUACUUGCAAAACGUUGAACGUCAAGGGUGUCGGUAGAACGAAAUAUUGGCUAAAGGAUCUCCACUCUGACAAUUUUUACAGCGUCGAAGUUAAGGCUCGCAACGCGAUGGGAUUUAGCAAGCCGGGCGUCGCCAGAUUCAAGACCGCCAAGGAAUCUACAGGCAGCGUUGUGGACUACACAGUAGUAUCAUCUGGGGAUACCUCCAAGCUCGCCGUGACCGCCAUUGCCACGACGAUAAUGAUUCUAUUUUCAAACAUUUAAAAUCGUCGUCUCUCUUAGGACCGUAUCGUUGUAUUAAAUUAAUUCCCUCCUGUUCUUUCUCUGUAAAUUGUAUGACACGCAAAGUUUAGUACUCUCUCUCAGAGCGAAAACGAAACAACGAAAGGCUACGGCACCUAAUCGCUACCGCUACUCUACCGCUACUAUACGACGAGUCUACGUAUACGAAUACUGCGUAUCGCUUACGACAUUUUAUCGUGAAAUUUUUUCGUUCGUUCACCGCCGUCGACAAUUCACGUUUAUCAUUAUUACUCUUUCUACCUUUUCUUUUAUCUUCCUUUUUUGUUUUUCCUUUUUGUUUUUUCGGCGAAUAAAAGACAAAAAAAAUAUUUCGGUACCGGCCUUCAAUCCGCCCGUGAAAACGAGCUAUGCACACACGAUUGCAUCGUACAUUAGGAUAGAGGCUAUGUCGCAAAUGUAAAAGUACGUUCUUUUCGCGACGAAACGUCGAUUUUUUAUGCGUCGAUUUGCGUUGAAAAAAAAAAAACGGAUAAAAGCGAAACAAAAAAAAACGAGAAAAGAGCUUAUAAAAGGAUUGCGUUAAAAUCUUGUCGUCCCGUAUGUCGUCCGUAUAGAAAUAAUGAUAUAAAACUAUCGGCACACGUAUACAUUCCGAAUUUAGUAGAGCAUCGAAAAUAGCGUUUAAGGGAAAGAAAAGGAAAGAAAAAGCAAAUUAUUCCCCCGCAUUUUUAUGCUUGUAUAUUAUUCAUAUACGUGCAUGUACGCAUAUGCGUGCGAUACGCCCAUACAACGUAUUCAUAGAUAAUCGUUCUUAAUUGCUCGCUCCUUUGGACAAAUUUAUUGGUACGUCGGUUCUUCUUUUGUUUUUUCUUUAUUUUUCUUUUUUUUUUUUUUCUUUUCUAAUAGAUAUUUAUAAGCCGACGAUAUGUCUUUUCGGUGUUGUUUAAGUUUGAAGGGUUACAAGCGUGCGAACUUUUUUUUUUCAUUUUUCAAUUCGAAGCGUUAUUAGUGCUCGGCACGAUACACGGCUGUGGAUUACUUUUUGAUCGCAGGUGCGUCUCGUUCCUUUCGCGAAUAUAAAUUUAUAGUUUAGUUACGAAAUAUAUCGGUCUUGUACAAAACAGAGACUCGAAAUUAUUCGUCCAAUGGAAACGUCGUCGCAACGACGAAAAAUAAUAAGAGACAAGCGAGGAAUAAUUGUUCUUUUUGUUUUGUUUUAUUUCUCUUUUUUCUUUCUUCUCUUUUUUAUACCACGUCAUGCGUUGCACGUGUUUUGUACAGUCGUGACGAUAGUUUGGUGCAUAUACGAUAUAUAAUACACACAUAGGUUUCUAUUUUUACGUGGAAUCUAAGGAAACUAAAAGCUACUACCUUAAAUUGACCUAAUGCUAUAAAGGAAAAAAAAGAAAAGAGAAGAGCCGACGGAUAAUAUUUGCAGAUUUUGGCGAUCUUUCUUUCUCGAUUACGUAAGGAUUUUGGAAAAUAAUUCGUACGUCGCAAUGCCUUCGGCGGUUAGAAAAAGAGGGAAUGGGUGAUGAGACAAUUUUUAACUUUCUCCAUUUUUCUUCCUUUUGUUACGUCAAAACAACCAAGAGAAACGUGAAAAAUCCGUUUUUAUCCAUCUCUAAAGGCAGUUCCGCGAGGCGAUGUUUUUUUAAGUUCUUUUUUUUUUUUUUUUUGUUCUUUCCUCCAUCCGCAUAUACCUAACAGAACGUUGAAAGGAGGCUCGAUGCUCUCUCGUCUGGACGAUGCGCGUGUUUCCCGAGAACCAAAGAAUCCCCAAGCAAUCGGAUCUCGGAUCUCGGAUCUCGUCGUUAUUACGACGUUAACAAGACGCGAAUGUCUCAAAAGCGACGUUACCCUGCGAGCGCAUACGAAGACGAACGAGAGAACCGACCGAUUGGGUAGACUCUUGCAUUUUUACAUAUUUUCCUUUUUUCCUCAUCUUAGUUGUGGGCUCAUUUAUACGCGCCGUCGCGUACGAUUUUUUUCUCUUUUUUCUUUUUUUUGGGAUUUUACUCAGUCAUUAGUUUUGCUUAAUUAGUCUUUGGAAAAUACGUGUUUAGUGCGCAUGGUCUAUGUGUUAUUAUUAUUAUUAUUAUUAUUAUUAUUAUUAUUAUUAUUAUUAUUAUUAUUAUUAUUAUUAUUAUUAUUAUUAUUAUUAUUACUACUAUUACUAUUAUUAUUAUUAUUAUUGUUAUUAUUAUUACUACUACUACUACUACUAUUACUAUUAUUACUAUUAUUAUUAUCAUUAUCAUCAUCAUCAUCAUCGUCAUCAUCACCAUCAUCAUCAACAUCAUUACGACGCAUAAGUAACAUUAUUAUGUUCAUCAUCAUUCUUAUCGUCUUUUUAAGUAGUUAUUAUAAAUCUAUUAUUAUUAUGAUUUUUAUUAUCAUUAUAUUAUCAUAAUAUCUGUUGAUAUUGUACCAUUGUAUUAUUACAACAUAUUAUCAUUAGUAUUACCAAUUACCAAUACCAUUAUCAUUACCAUUACUAUUACAACCAUUGUUAGUUGUUACAGCAAAGAUCAAUUUUUCUCUCGAUUGACGAGAAACAGUGCGAUCGAAUUGAGAUAAAUUGAUCGAAGCACGACUCGAAACGAAAAUCUCGUCCAUUGGUGUUCGAAAUUUGUCUCGAUCUCUAUCGACUUUACCCAAGUGCCUAAUCUAAUACGAAAUAUAGCGACGUCGAGAUUUUCGUCGAUGACGAUCAUUGCGAAUCUUUUUAUUUCUUUUUCCUUAGUGUAUACGUAUACGAAAUAAGUCAUUAUUUAUUCGAGUGUGCCUGGAUUUUUGGAUAUAUACAUACAUAUACAUAUGUAUAUUAAAGGCCACCACACCAUCUCGCAUGGCAUGCGCUGCUUUCUCUCUCUUUUUAAUCUCGUACUAUCAUUUUUUUGUUUCGUUCGUUCGUUCGUUCGUUCGUUCGUUCGUGCAUUUUUAGUUUUCCUUUUACUUCGAUUUCUACUUUGAUGUCACCACGGGUGUUGCUCGUGCGGAUUCACGCAAGCGCGCGCGCACGUACACAUACAUACAUACAUAUAUAAAAUUUGUGUGCGUGUAUGUAUGUACGUAUGUGUAUCCUUGGCUGUUAAAAAAUUUAUGAUCGAUUUGCCGAGGAUAGCAUAUUCGAGAAUGAUGGUAGAAAUAUACAUACAUACAUGUAUAUAUGUAUGUGUGUAUGUAUAUAAAUACGCACUUGUAUAAAUAUCUAGGGAGAAAGAGAAAGAUCCAGUGUCGAUCAUUGUACGAACUUUGGUUGAAAUUUUAAUAUAGCUUGUAGCGUAUAUAACGGACAAUUGGAGACGUAUCUCGUUGAAAAAGUUGGAGGAAUCAUUCCUGCUAAUGAAGAAGCUGUCUUUCCUUUCUUUCUCUUUCUACCAAGAAAAUUAUUCUCGAGCGGAUAGAAGAUACUCGAGGUUGUUGCAUUCGCGAAGCUUCUACGUUGCAUCGUCUUUUAAGGUCUUCUACUUGAUCUUAUCGAUACACGGAUGACCAGACGACGAUGAGAGAGUAAGAGAGAGAGAGAGAGAGAGAGAGAGAGAGAGAGCAUUGGUGCUCUUGAAAGCAAAUUCGUUCGAGGACCUCUCGUAGAGAAACGACCGAUGUUAUAAAUAGUACACUUUAAAGAGGAAAUGGAGAAAGAUAGAGGAGAGGAUGGCGAGGAAAGGGAAAGAUUCGUGAUAUUCGCGCGCUAACGACGACUAGAAGAGAGAGAGAGAGAGAGAGAGAGAGAGAAACACGUAGAAAACGUAGGUCCAGAAACCGCAAAGAUCUAUUUUCGAAAGUGCUCUCUCGUCCAAAGUCUCUGUUUCUCGAGAGAGAAAGAGAGAGAAAGAGAGAAUUUACCCGCGUGCCAUGACGACGUUGAUGCGAUAAUAGCGUUUGCCUUUCUCCUUCUCUCAUUCGUGCUCGAAACGUUAGAAAGGUUAACGCUUGCUCCCAUUCGUGACGAGAACACGUUUAAGCCUUCUCUUUUCCUCGUUUUUAAAGCAAGAUUAAAAAAAAAAACCGUGAGAAUUUGGAUAUUAUCUUUAUUCUGGACGAUCGAGAUCCGUUCGAUAUCCCAUGUUUUAUUUUUUUUCCUGUCCACGCCUUUUUUCUUUUAUUGCUCGUGUUUCGUUUCGACGCUUUUCGUACAAUGUUCUCAAACUCUCUCUCUCUCUCUCUCUCUCUCUCUCUCUCUCUCUCAUCCGUCAUCGGUUCGUACCCAUCUCGUCCUCUUUUCCGGAAAAGAUUAAAUAGAAGAAAAUCGACAAGAGAUGAAACAGCACAUGCGUCGUUGGUCGUAUUCCAGUAAAAUAUAAAACACUUAUAUGAUGUAACAUGUACAAAAAACGUAUCUUUGUAUUAAAUAUUAAUCUUAGAUAGCAUUUACACGCGCGUUUAAGGAUUAUGUAUUAGCCUAGUGCCUACACGAACACGCUCGUAUUUAUGGUGAGAAUUUAGAAACGUGUGUGUAGCCGUCAUUUUCCUUUCUGCGGAACGUGCAAAAUAUUGUAAAUAUUAGACGCAAAACGAACGGAAAAUAUAUGUGAAUGUACCAAGGAAAAGAGAUAUAAAGAAAAGGAAAGAAGAAAAAAAGAA